AGUUUAGUUUACUUAGUUAGAUCAGUAAACUAAUGUUCCUACCCAAAUAAUCGCUCUAUACUAUACUGUAGGCACAUUUUCUACGAAGUUCCAUUCUUUUUCUUGAUAAUUUAAUUUUUCUACAAGUCAGGUUUAAGGUUUUUUGAACGACUAAUUUCAUCACAACUGAACAAUGCAAAUGGUUGUUACGCACCUGCUACUGGUUCUGAUUGUCAUCCAGUCCAUCACUACUGAACAGCCAGGGAAAGCAACAGAUGAUUGGGGAGACAGUCCAGCGCAAACUUUAAUUAUUAACGGUGAAGAUACUGAAAAGGGAGAGUACCCCUUUAUGGUACGUGUGACGACACUAGAAGGAGACCACAUGUGCGGAGGAUCUCUAAUAAGCCCUCGGAUAGUUCUCACUGCUGCGCACUGUGUAGUGUUUGAUGGUGUAAAGAUAAGUGUAGAGUUGGAACGUGUAGUGGUGGGGGACCACACCAGUGAAACUGAGGAAAGUGAGCAGAUUGCGGAGGGUAGUCGUAUUAUUGUUCAUGAUAACUACCAUCUCGACCAACUCGGAGUUCCUAUGAACGACGUAGCGCUGAUAGUACUGAAGGAAGAAGUAAGAGUAAAAGAGGGCGUGGUCGCCACCAUUGCACUAGCAGAGGAUAACAGUCAUUACACAGAAGGAACCUCUGUUACAGUGAUAGGAUGGGGAGUGAUUGGAGACGAGGGGGAGUAUGAGGACCUUCCUAUUGCAGACACCUUACAGGAACUAGUGUACCAGAUAGCCAACAAGGAACAGUGUGAGCAGUACUGGGCAGAUGAUUAUGAGAAAUAUGAAGAUAUGUACGGAGCUGUUGACUAUGAGCUGGAAAUCCCCGAGAGCACGAUGUGCGUGGUUGAUCCUGAUCGGGAAGCUACUGCCUUUGCUGGGGACUCUGGAGGCCCACUUUUCGUGAAAUCUGGAGAAAACUUCGCACAAAUAGGCUUAGUGAGCUGGGGAGCAGGGGACGCGAAAGAGAAAGCGUACAAUAUGUUCCUUAACCUCCACCAUUACACUGACUGGGUUAAAGCUGCCAUUAAGCGUGCUGAAGCAGAGUCAUGGUUGGAACUUCACACGGGCGCUAACCAUGGGGUGGUGGUGAUACACGAUAACACGGGUCACAAGUCCACUAUUUGUAACGAAAAUGUGGGUAAAGACGAGGUCAAUGCUAUUUGCAGAGAACAGGGCUACAAAAUGGGAGUUCUGGCUGACGUUAGAGAGUACAGACCAGAUAGGAAACGUAGAAACCAGGAUACCACACCAUUCGGGCAGACAAAUCUGAAAUGUAGUGCUGAGGCUAAAGAUGUGAUGUCAGAGUGUACAAUGGAUAAGUACGGCGAGUCUGAAGUGCCGUGUUUUAGCGGGGAGGAACUAGCUGUGAAGUGCUCUAACCAGGUGUGGCACUUCAAGGUAACCCGCAUUGUGCCCAAAACUAGGACCGUUAAAGGUACCAGCUUUGUAAAGGGUAAGGUAAUGUGUGAGGUCACCGCUAGCAAAUAUGGUAUGGACCUGGAUUUGAAAUCUCACGUGAGAGUAGGCCUAGUAAUGAGAGGAGUAGAUGGUGUAGAGGAAGUAGAUGCAGAUAUGAAAUACAAGAGGCGGGUGAACGCUUAUACGUCUAAAGUUAAAUCUACAGACGAAAUAAAAGAGGACGAAUGUUUUGCUUGCAUUGCUUACGUGGGCGGCACCACAAUCUACACUGUAGCAACACAUGGUCCUGAGGAUUGUCCUGACAUUGACCAACAUUACCAGCAGUGGGUGGAGGAGCAACACCACGUGUAAUGACGUCACACCACGUGUUAUGACGUCACACCACGUGUUAUGACGUCACACCACGUGUUAUGUAGCAACACACGGCCCUGAUGAUUGUCGUGACAUUGACCAACAUUACCAGCAGUGGGUGGAGAAGCAACACCACCAGAAUUAGUCGAAUUUUAGUGUAUUGUAGUAUUUGGUCUUACCAAUGGUAAAGACUCACUGUUUAUUGUUUAAUAAUGCUUUGACUCUUUUUAGUUGUUUUACAAGUUUACAAUCACUCACAUUACUUAUUGAUAAAUUAAAAAUGUUUUGUUUAAAUUUCCCAUCAUUUAUCUAAUCCCAGGGCCAGGGUCACCACCUACCCUGAUCACAAAAAUCCCUC